UACUUCAGUCUUCGUACAGUCUUUGCUUUAACCCGUUCCAACUCUGUCCGCCGCUCAGCUCGUUGGCUCUCUAUAGGAAUCAAAUCACCUAGUAUAACAGCAGCAGUAGCAUCGGGUCGGUAGCCCUUAUUGUUCUUAGUUCCCCGGCUCCGUUCAGCCAUCAUCGAAAGUUGGCGUCGCAGUCGCAGUUGCCGUCGCCGCCAGCGCCCACAACCAACCACCGCCUCAUACCUCCGCGAACGCCAGCGACAUCCUCUCCACCACCGCUAGUAGCAACAUCAGCAGCAGCAGCAACAGCAACAGCACGGCAGCAACAUCAGCAGCAGGAGCCACUAGAACACUCUCUCACAUACUCUCCACUCACGAAUUUCAAUAUCCAAAUCAAAGUCGGGUUCAAAUUGAAAACAGCCGCAACAGCAGCAACAACUCCUCGCAAUCAGCACGCGGAUAAUGAUAAAAAGAAAAUAACACGCGCAGUUCGCAUUCAGUGCCCGACUUGAACAGAUCACAACAGUCCCAGGUCCACUCCCCAAAAAUAUUCUAAUCCGAGCUUCACAAAUUAAAAAGUAAAAUCGAAUCGACUUCCGGCUUCGUGGUGUUUUCACUUUUUGCGCGUGUGAAUCAAAUUAAAGGUCCUAACCAAUAAAACUUAAUUCUUAUUUUUGUUUCCGAGUGUUUCUUUCGCACCUUGCGCUCUCUAUAGCAAAAAUACCUCCAAGAUCCGCAACAACAGAAAUAUUACCUAACAAAAAUAUUGAUCAAAAAUAAAAUCAAAAGAAUUCGACACAAUAUAAAAAAAUAAUAAAACUAAUAUCAAAAGCCUAUUUCAACUUCAACGGCUCUGACUCGACACAUAAUUGAUUUGCCAGACUAGACCCUGCAUAAAUGAAAUAAAUCAAGAGCUAAAGACAACAACAUUCCCUUGGUAUUUUUCUAACCCCCAUUCAAUCCCUGCCCUGCCAUAUAACCCAUCAGCCAUCACACUAUUACUGAACAGCAUCUAUUAAAAAAUCUAAUUGGAGGAAAACAGAAUAAACUAAGGCACAAAACAAGGAACAAGCAAAUGUGGCGAAUAGUUGCUAAAUCAAAAGAAUUUCAGUCGGUACAGAACAGUAUUUUGAAUAAUAUAUACCAAAUGUAAUCAAAGAUUUGCAAGAGAUAUUUACAAAAAUCAAGAUCCUGUUGAGAAAAAAAAUUGUGAAUUUUAUAUAAAUUUAUAUAUCAGAAUAUAUCUAUAUAUUUGUAUGUUCGGUUGUUAAUUUUGAGCGUAAUUUGAAAGCUGAAUGGUGGUGAGGAAAAUCAAUCAACUAAGGUUACCACAAGGGAAAAAUCAGCAAGAACAAAAGAAAGAAAAGGUGAUAGCUACGAAGGUCAAAAGCAACCGUGACAGAGAAGCUAAAGAAUGCAAAGGUUGUUAAAUUAAAAAUUAGUUAUAAAUAUUUACAAGAAGCACAACCCGUUACAUAGCAACAUAUCAGCAUCAGAGAACGGCGAUCAAAAAUUAUUAGCCGAUCGAAAAAGGCUGCAAAGAAAUUCAAACAGUAAACGGAGGAAUAAUUGUAUAAAAGUUUGUUUUAAUAAACAAUCAAACCAAUCCCUACAUUCCUCUCCAGUGAAGCAAAUAAUCCAGUUUAAGAAAGCUAAAUUUCUUGCAUACUUGUUAGGUAUUGGUUAUAAGACGGCGAGGACAAAGUCAAUUUAUAAAUUGUAAGCAAGCAGCGUCAAUCAGAGACCCAACUCAAUAUCAAUCAUUCUCAAUGGAAAUUUAAUUGUAAGAGCAGAACGAUUUUCCUAGCUUCAUCUCCCUCGUAAGGGGUUAACAACUUUAAGCAAGUAGGUUAAAAAGGGAUCGCCGGGUGUAAUCAAUGCCUCGAUCGACAAGAAAUCGCGUUUUGACAAUCACACAAAAUUAGCGUAUUUCAUAUACACAUCAGAUAUACCGCUCUGCGCGUAAUAUAGGAUUUAUAUACAUCUUCUCCACAGCAUAUAUUUAUUAAAAAAACUUUUGCUAGCCUUGGCACUUUACAGAUCCUAAAACCACCUCUACUCUACGACAAUCUAUAAGACAACCACUUUCUCUAGAACUCUUCGAGGCUUAUAUAAUAAACCGAAGCGGUCUAUACAACUUACAAUCAACUUGCAAUCAAUAAGAACAUAAAACAAUCUUCGAAAGGUUUUCAAAUCUUUAUACACGUUUAUUUAUACAUAUUUAAACUACUAAUAACCCAAAGUAGAGACAUAAUAGUAUAUAAACAUUUUUAAGAAACGCUCAAAAUCAGAUAAAACUCAGUAGUCGUAGAAAUAAUAUUGUUAGCUGUUUUUUCGUCCAUCGACUUAAAGUAGCAACUAUUUGCGUAAAGCCUAAUGACCCAAUUGGCAUAGAAAACUUCGAAUACUAAACCAAUUGGCAUUAAUAUACAUAUACAGAAAUUAGAGCUCAUAUAUUCACAAAAAAACACAAAAACCAACAAAUCCUGUGCAAUUUCCCAAAACUCAAAACCCGUCAAGAAAAUACCAAAAAGAAAUCUUCAAUACUAAAAUUCGUCACGCGCCAAUAAGAAAAACUCUCGAAAAUCAACCAAGUGCUAAAAAAAGAAGCGAAGGAAAUUUUAAUCAACAUUCGCUGCCAAUAAAACUGUCAUCAUUGCCGCGUUAACAGAAACCACGGCGUCAGCAGCGAUUGCAGCGCUCAGUAUCAGCAGCAGCUCUCAAGCGUCGCUAGCCGUCAACGCCCCCGCCACGCCCACACCCACACCGCCGCCCACCUCUUCAGUGGCAGGAGCAGCAGCAACGGUAAAGAACGAGAUUGUUGCAUCUGAUUCAGCCGAGUCCUCCCCUUUACAAGAUUUAAUCAUGCGCGGAAGCGACGAACUUUUGAGUCAAGCAGCAGUCAUGGCGCCCGCUUCCGACAAUAACAAUCAGGACCUGGCCACAAAGAAGGCCAAACUGGAGCCGGGCACCGUGCUGGCCGGCGGAAUUGCCAAGGCCUCCAAAGUCAUCCACUUGCGCAACAUUCCAAACGAGUCCGGCGAGUCGGAUGUGAUUGCCCUGGGCAUUCCGUUCGGACGUGUCACCAACGUGCUGGUGCUCAAGGGCAAGAACCAGGCGUUCAUCGAGAUGGCCGACGAGAUCUCCGCCACGUCGAUGGUGUCCUGCUACACAGUGAAUCCGCCCCAGAUGCGCGGCCGCAUGGUCUACGUGCAGUUUUCCAACCAUCGCGAGCUCAAGACGGACCAGAGUCACAAUAACUCGGUUGUCCAGAGCGACUACCGCAUCCAGUCCCCGGCGGGCGGGUCGCCUCUGCCCCUCUGCGCCGCCGCCAACGCGACCAGCAACAACGCCAACAGCUCCGGCGACAGCAACAGCAGCGCCGUGGGCAUCUUGCAGAACAACACGAGUGCCGUGAACGCGGCCGGGAACAACACCAACUCAGCCGGCGGGCCCAACACGGUGCUCCGCGUGAUCGUCGAGUCGCUGAUGUACCCCGUCUCGCUGGACAUCCUGCACCAGAUCUUCCAGCGGUACGGCAAGGUGCUGAAGAUCGUCACCUUCACCAAGAACAACUCAUUCCAGGCCCUCAUCCAGUAUCCGGACGCCAGCUCCGCCCAGCACGCCAAGUCGCUCCUGGACGGGCAGAACAUCUACAACGGCUGCUGCACGCUGCGCAUCGACAACAGCAAGCUGACGGCGCUGAACGUGAAGUACAACAACGACAAGUCGCGCGACUUCACGAACCCCGCGCUGCCGCCGGGCGAGCCGGGGGUGGACCUCAUGCCCACCGCCGGCGGACUGAUGAACACCAACGAUCUGCUACUGAUCGCCGCCCGGCAGCGGCCUUCUCUCACAGGUGAUAAAAUAGUCAACGGCCUAGGCGCACCCGGAGUCCUGCCGCCAUUCGCAUUGGGACUGGGCACUCCGCUCACCGGCGGGUACAGCAACGCCCUGCCCAACUUGGCCGCGUUCUCAUUGGCCAACAGUGGCGCCCUGCAGACCGCUGCCCCCGCCAUGCGCGGCUACUCGAAUGUUCUGCUCGUAUCGAAUUUAAAUGAGGAGAUGGUCACGCCUGAUGCUCUCUUUACCCUCUUUGGUGUAUACGGCGAUGUGCAACGUGUGAAGAUUUUGUACAACAAGAAGGACUCGGCACUCAUACAGAUGGCAGAGCCCCAGCAAGCUUAUUUGGCCAUGUCUCACCUUGAUAAAUUACGUUUAUGGGGCAAGCCGAUACGUGUGAUGGCCAGCAAACACCAGGCCGUGCAGUUGCCCAAGGAGGGACAGCCGGACGCCGGACUCACUCGUGACUACUCGCAGAAUCCGCUGCACCGCUUCAAGAAGCCGGGCAGCAAGAACUACCAAAACAUCUACCCGCCGUCGGCGACACUGCAUUUAAGUAACAUUCCCUCGUCCUGCUCAGAGGAUGAUAUCAAGGAAGCCUUCACCUCAAACGGCUUCGAAGUCAAAGCAUUCAAAUUUUUCCCAAAGGACCGCAAAAUGGCGCUGCUGCAGUUGUCGUCCGUGGAGGAGGCCGUCCUGGCCCUCAUCAAGAUGCACAACCACCAGCUGUCCGAAUCUAACCACCUGCGCGUGAGCUUCUCCAAGUCGAACAUCUAGAAUCCGAUUAGGAGUCAGGUUUACUGAACCUGACUGGGUGCCUCCGGCGGCUACAGCUACAUGCAGAUGCACCAGCAGCAACAUCUACAAGUCUAUUGGCAGCAACAGAUUCAAACUAUAAUCCGUAGUACAAGAAGAAUGCACGCGAACUUCUACUAAAAAGGCAGAAAAGGCCAGAAGCACCACCCACCCAAUUCAACAGGUCAACCAGCGGCAACAAUCGAUGCAUGAGCUAUACAAUUUUUAGUCAGAGCAGCUCACUCUAGGAACUGCUUCUGUUUUAUACACAACCACUGCGUUGGAAGAGGACGGAAACAAGCAGAAAAUCUUACUAAAUUAAUAAACAAAAAGUCAACUCAAAAUAAACACAACGUAAAUAUAACGGGGAAAAAGAUUUUCAACUAACAGCGCACGCAGACAACAAAACAAAGCAAACCACAAACAAACAAAACAACCCACUAAACAAUCAGCAACAUCGUAAGUUAAGCUUAACUUUAAAACUAUAGUUUUUAAAAAUUGCAUUGCAGAACAAAACACAUGAAAAGAAAAGAAAAAAAUAUAUAAAAAGGUAAGAGUAAAGUAUAUUUAAGGUAAAAAGAGGAAUAUCGUAACUUAGAGAUAUUUUUAGUGCACUGUACUGUGUUUUGGUUUUAAGAAACGACGGAAAGUCAAGAAGAAACAAACUGAAAAGAGAAAUUAUGUUUAAAGAAUUAAGGAAAAAUUUUAUUAUGUACAUGAUGCUGUUAUUAUAUUUUAAAUGAAUGCAACUUAACUUUAAUUUUUACAAGUGUGCAACUUCAAUUGAAACAAUCGCAUAAAAGAUAGCUCGUAAACGUUUUCAUUUUGCUAAACUUUAAGAGUAUGAAAGUAUUUAGAGAGACGGUACCGAAAAGCACACCGAGUCCUAAGCGCAUUAAGAUAAAGCGAGGCAAUGUGAAGUAAAGUUAAAUGAAAUUAAAGAAGAAUGUAUUAAAUUUAAUAAACCUAAAUAAAUCGAAAACUUGGACACUGCGAAGAUAUAUCCUUCACGUCCGUUUGUUUAGAACUACGGGAGAAUAAUAAUUUUUAAAGGCAGUUAAAUCAACGCGUACGUAAACCUUAUGUGUGUAUGUAUAUGUAAAUGUUGUUAAGCUAGCGCAAAUUAUACACAAACGAUCAAAUAUACAUAUUCUUAAGUAUGUAUUGAACUACAACAAACCAUGAAACAGGAAAUUAAACAAAUUUUAAGCUACAAAAUUAUAAUCCAAAAAAAAAUGGAAUCAAAACAGAAGGUAAUUAUAUAUAAUCAUAGACGUAAUGGUAAUGAAAGACAGAUUCGUGUUUUAGCAACAAAACUGAAAGAUUUUUUGAUAAUUUUACAAGAACCCCACAUCCGACACCACACUAACACACUCGCAGUACACACACAUUGACACACACAUAGAUGCAAACAAAUACAGACAAAUAUGAAAGUUUAUAUAUAUUUAGAAAGUGAAAUUAUAUAUACGUUGGAGCAGAGAACAAACAAAAAGAUAAAAACGAAUAGAAAGCAUAAACUAACUAUAACUUAAUGAUAUGGAUUUAGACGUAAGCAAGAGUAGCAGUGAUCGUAAUUUAAAAUUAAAACAAGCAAACACAAAGGCAACAAGUAAAUUACAAUACAAAAUUGGUAUAAAUUAAAUGAAUGAAUAUAUUUAAACAAAAACGUGUACGAAAAGCAACAGUAAAAUAUUACAAAAUGUAAAAUUUAUUGAGUACUAUAUUUACAGUUAUCAAACAAUCGUGCAAACAAUCGUGCAGGCAGUACAGAAAUGUAGUUUAUGGUGGCAAAAACAAACACUUUUGAAGGAUCGUAUUUAAACGAGCUCGCGAAAAAUAGUUGGCAAUGUCGACCUACAUAUUCCAUGUAUCACAGAAAGCUUACCAAACGUUUUUGAGCAAACUCUAGCGUUUCAUAUACCUACUGCAACUAGCUAUCUAACUAUCUUUAAACUUAUUUAUGAUACUAACAUAUGCUCUAUGUCUAUGUCUACUACUUAUAUAUACACUAUAUACACGUUUUGUUAGCGCAUCGAUACAAGGGAAAGCGAUAAGAUGUUCUUCUAUAUCAGACCCACGACUGCUAGAAUUUCAAACGAGAACUCUUGACAAAUCAAAAUUUCAUACAAGUAUUUAGCGAACUUAACUCUACAACUGCAUACAACCGAAGCAACCCAGACUAUGUAAAACGUAAGCAAUGGCACAUCCUCACCGCGAUCACUUUAACUAAUCAAUCAGAAAAGGUUAAGGACUGUGUCCUUGCUGUUUGUUGGUGUGCAGCGUUCAAAGAGUAAUCAAAUAUUUAGCCCAACGAUAAUAUAGAUACAAUGCGCUCCGGCGUGUAAAUGUUGAUAGUGAACACGACACCGAGCAGCAUACGAAUUAAUAGAACUAAUACCGAAAACAAAAUACAAAUACCUUAUACGAAUAUGCAUUAAAAUCAGAUAAAUCAGAUAAAAGUAGCAGUGCAGCUAUGGAAGGCGAUGGUAAAAGAGCGGAUGCGCAGAAUAGUAAACGCAGAUAAUUGAAAAACCGAACACUUAAAAGUAUUAAUUUACCAGGUAGAGAAACCACUAACGACUAAUUCAUUUAUUACAACCCCACAGUGAGAGCCUGCAUAAGAAGGGAACCAAGGAAGCAUCCAAAACACCGAACUCAAAGAGAUUCUGAUCGGUCGAACCGCAGAUGAAAAUAAUCAAGACACCAGGGUUGCUUAGCUUAAUAACGGAGUUUAACAGAAGCCAACAGUUUUAAGUUGUACAUUAUUCAUUUCAAGAAGAGAUUUUACCAAACUGCAAAGUGAAACAUUAUAAAUCGAAGACUAAUCGUGAAAUACAUAUGUUCGAAUGUUGUGAGCCAAGUGUGCCAAGAGGCGGCAAAAUCCACGCAGGCUUACCUUAUGGUACUUUUACAGUUGGAAGGAAACCAGAUUAAUAUGUG